AUGCAACAGCCCGAAGUAGAGGGCUCUGGACAUCUUCCUUCUGCUCAAGCUCUCCCGGAGGACCUCGCGGCUAUUUCUGGCUGCAGAAAAAUGUGCUGGGGAAAUCGUGUUAGAAUUCUUUUCACUGUGACUCUGGUCUGGCAGGCUGUUCGCUUAGAAAAAGACCCUGAAAAAGAAGAACGGAAAGAAAUAGUGAAAAGUCUCAAUGCUACAGCACAAAAGCAGCAGCCCAAGAAUGAAGGGACCUUUACAAACGCGCUCAGUGAUAUGAAUCAGAGUUACGAAAGCAGAAAGCAACAGGACUCCAGGUCUUUAGUACCUUUCACGGGAAUUACAGAGAGUAAAAAACUGAACAGACGCUGCUGCCAGAAUGGAGGAACUUGUAUCCUGGGGACCUUCUGUGCCUGCCUAAAGCACUUCUCUGGCAGAUACUGUGAAUAUGAUGAGCGGAUAGGACACUGCGGCAGCAUUCCCCACGGCGUCUGGGUGCUGAAGGACUGUUGGCUUUGUCGGUGUGGCUAUGGUACACUGCACUGCCUCUCAGAAAUAAGGCAGAGUAACUGCGAACUGACAUCGGAAACAGAGGAAAUUAUCAGACUGUAUUCUAAUGGUUUAAGAUUACAGCAAACAGUGCUUUCAGUCAUUUGCCUGCUCGCCAUCCUCCUGAAUUUCUGCUAG